AAUUUUUGUCUAGACUUGUUGAGAUCUAAAUUUUAGUCAAAAGGUGAAAGGUCCAUUAAAAAAAUGUUGUCCUUAAUUUGCAACUCUAAGCGUUAUAUAUCUUAAUCAUUUUAGAAAUCAUAUUCCCAUUUCUUAGAGACAUGGUAAAUAUCUCCUUACGAGAACAAUUCAUUCACAAAUAGCUGCAAUAUUCAACUGCUAAGCUUGAAACUUGUGCUCCCAUUAAACUUUGCGCGCUUAGUGUUUAAGGUUUAGUCUUUAGAGUUUAAGGUUUAGUCUUUAGAGUUUAAAGUUUAGUCUUUAGAGUUUAAGGUUUGCUAAGCUUUUUUGAAUUGGCUGUAUCUAACCUUCAGAAAGACGUAAGCAUGGUUUACACUAUCGACGUUUCUGUGAUCACAGUAGGAAUUUUGCAUGGGUGAAUUCUAAGUUUUGAAGGAUUUGUAAGAUAUCUUUGAGGAAACUUACUGAGUGUUAUAAAGGAUGGUUUACACUAUCAAAGUUUCUGUGAUCACAGUAGGAAUUUUGCAUGGGUAAAUUCUAAGUUUUGAAGGAUUUGUAAGAAAUGUUUGAGGGAAGUUACUCAAUGUUUAACACUCAGUAAGUUCCCUCAAACACUUCUUACAAAUCCUUCAAAACUUGAAUUGCCCCAUGCCAAAUUCCUACUGUAAUCACAUGAUAUUGUAAGCCAGGCGUUAUAGUAUAUGAUAAACACAUGAAUUAACAUUAUUUUUUCACUCAUAUAACUUCCAGUUGAGGACAAUUUGUUGCGUGAUAGCACAUAGUGAAACUUGGCGAUGCAUAUUGUUUGAUUCCUAAUUUUAGUAUUGUAUGUUGUGGUAUCUUAAUUUGUAUGUAUUGUAUGAAAACAGCAGGGGAAUUGCUCACUGCUGGGUUGAAACAAUGCUGAGAUGGUGUGGGAAAAAUUAUUUUAAAACUAUGCUAAAUUUAAUAACACAGUGACAGACGUAAUGUAUAUAGAUGUGAUUUGUGAAUGAUAUUUUUGUUUCGAUUAUUUCAUAUCAAGUUCUUUGGACAGGGUAGUGUGUCUGUACAGUAUGUUAUUGUAACUAUGAUUUUAUCAAGUCAAUCCUGUGAGUAUCUUAGCACAUUGCGAAUGACAUCAUCUAAGGUGUAAAGGUUGAAGCAAUAUUGAAUUGAAAUUAAACAAGGUUGCUGUACAUUACUCGUAUUCUCGACGUUUCUAACCGCAAUUAUAAAUGUAUACCAAUUUGCAGAUUUCAAAAGAAAUGUAAACUAGCAUUUUCUGUUAACAGAUUUGAUAUAUUUCUCUAGUCAUGUUUAUCGCUGAGAUUCUAGAGGGAUGACAUUCGAGAGAAUACCGUUGAUUCUGUGAAGAAAAUGCCGUGGAAAAGGUACGCUACUCUUAGGUUUUAUAAGAUUUAUAAAUGUAAAUCAUAUCGAAGACCUCGGGCAGGGAUCAUGCUUUCUUUGAGUAAAAUAUUUAAUAUUGAUAACUUUAACAGCAACUUUUGCCCUCGACUGAUGUUUGCCGCGAUGUGUACUUCGUUGAAUAAUCAAACGUGUGUCCGUGAACUACAUGAAAAAUAUUACCACACUUCUCGUUUUCAAUCGAGAAGCUUCCGUGAGGUGGUGAACAACACUGAUGCCAGUUGUAUCAAACUUUAAACUAAGUUUUAACCACUACUUUGUCGUUAAAUUGUAGUUAACUUACGCGAUUUUGAUUGGUUGACUUUCGCCCCAAGUGAACGUAAUAACUUUAGCUGCCCUUUUAAUUAAGCCUGGUUUUAAUAUGGUCGUAAAGAUCCAUCUUUACUGAGUCAGUCACGAUCUUUCUCAUCAGCCGAAAUACAACAUUUUAGAACUGAAAAUACGCGGAGUGAUUAGAACUAUAGAGAAUACUGUACUUAUGAUUUAUAUGUGGUUUACAGGUAUAAACUAUUACAAACUGGCGAAAGAUCGUGACCUUAUAUUUUUACGACCAUAUAUGGAAACCAGGUUUUACACAACUGAACGUCUUUGCUUUUUGAGAUAAAUUUUGAUGAAAAGAUAGUAAAAAUCUUUCGCUUUUUUAUACAACAUCAUUUUGGCCAACUAAUUUGAUCAAACCAACUAUAAUUUACCCUUUUGAGUGAAAUUUUGCUCUAGACAAGGCGUAAAAAAAAUACCUGUGGUUCCGGUUCCCGACCGACCCUACCUUUUUUCUGCCAACCCUAUUAUUUUUUCAACGCGAUUGACUGUGCGACCCUAUUUUCUCCAGGUGGUUGCGGGCCGCUCAUAUAGCGUGCCAAAAUGGCGUCUGUUGCCACACUAAUUAUUGAACCAAAUUGCCUAAAUUCGUCCAUAGGAAAUAGGCAUCUCUACUUAAUAUUGAUGUCGGGAUUCUACUGCAAAUCGCCCAACAAAAAACCGCCAAAACCAUGAAAAAAAUAUUCAAAAAAAAAAUUUAUUUCCGACCUACCGACCCUAAUUUUUUCACGAUAUGAAACCGGAACCACAGGUACUUUUUUUUACGCCCAAGUCUGGACAAAAUUUCAUCACAGUUUGAAAGAGCAUCACAAAAUUAGUAAUAUUCCAAAGUUUCGUUGCGAAAUGUUGUAAAAUGCGGAUAAUAUAGCCUUGCGAAGUCUGCCGUUUUUCAGUCAUUUGGUAUUACAAAUGGGAAAUUGAUAAUCAGUUCAUCUGAGUACCAAUUUCCGUUUGUAAUACAAAAUGACUGAAAAACGGCAAACUUCGCAAGGCUAUAUUUUAAUAUUUGCAUUUUACAACAUUUCGCAUCGAAACUUUGGAAUAUUACUCAUUUUGUGUUGCUCUUUCAAGCUGUGAUGAAAUUUUUGUCUAGACUCAGUGUUGAGAUCAAAAUUUAGUGUAUAAUGCAAAUGGUCCAUUAAUGUUCCAUCCGCUUGUUUGUUUUCUAGAAGGAAAAGUUACACAAAAAUGGAAUUAGAGAAAUACCAGUACAGCAUUGAGUACACGUUGUGUUGUUUCAUAACUUUUUCCUCAGACUACAUCCGUCCUUUUCCUGUUUUCAAAGGUUAGUGCUGUGAAAAUAUUGCCAGUACUUGAGUAUUGUGUAAUGUACUGUGUCAAGAGAGUAGUGAACAUUUAACAAUUAUUCGCCGAAGGCGAGGUUAUUAUCGGGGGGGGGGGGUAUUAGCCGAGACGAACUCGAGGCGAAUAUUCCCCGAUAAUCACCGAGCCUGAGGCGAAUAAUUGUUUUGUGUUUUUUGGGACUGAAUUUAUUUUAAUUUCGCUUAUUUCUUUAUCAGUAACUUCCACAAAACGGCUAGCCGCCAUUUCGUGCCAAUAGAAGCGUUCCGAAAAAUGUUGACCAAUUCAUUUCCUAACUUGAAGGAACACCUCUGAACAAUUCCUCAACAAUUUGAUAAGUUCCUUAAAAAUUCCUAACUUCCUGUUUCAUUGACCAAUCAAAUUUUAUAUUUUAUUUUUGAGCAAUCUGAUUGGUCAAUGAAACAAGAAGUUAGGAAUUUUUAAGGAACUUAUCAAAUUGUUGAGGAAUUGUUCAGAGGUGUUCCUUCAAGUUAGGAAAUGAAUUGGUCAACAUUUUUCGGAACGCUUCUAUUGGCACGACUGUAACACGUCAAAUUUGACCAAAUUUGACCAUUGGAUUUGUUAUAAUCACUUGUGCAAAAAUACGAAACAUGGGUAUCUCCUGGGGUUUCGAUUACGCAAUCCUCAGACGCCUGUCUGAGUUGCAAGUGUUAAGCCCCGGUGAAACGAGGUUGAGUGUUGACGAGAGUUGCCAGUCACGUAUGAGUUUAUCUAUUGGUCGAGUGUCGAGUGUCGAGGGUAAAAAGUCGAGGGCGAGGGUAAAAAGUCGAGGGCGAGGGUAAAAAGUCGAGGGUGAGGGUAAAAAGUCGAGGGUGAGCGUUAAAAGUCGAGGGUAAAAAGUCGAGGGUUAAAAGUUGAGAGUAAAAAGUCGAGGGUUCAAAGUCGAGGGUUCAAAAGUCACAAAAAAAUACAAUAUUAAGGUCAGGUUAGCGACGAGUUCUCGGCAGUAUUGUUAUACGAGCCCUUAGGCUAUAAACCAAAUAAUCAAACCUAUAAUAUGCGUUCCACGCACAUAUACUACGUGGCGACCGCGUAUUCUGCGUUUUAAAUGUAUACUAAUAUGCCAUACCGUGGCUUUGCGUCCUGAUCUGCAUCAUACAUGCAGCCGUGCAGACAGCAAUACAACCAGUUUAAAUAAUAUAUAUUGUUUGUUCUCUACAAACAACAGUAUAUUACACACUAAGCAGGGCUCUUUAAAACACAGCACCCUGCGUUACGCCUUUAAUCGGCAAUAAAUGAACCGAUAAUGUAGGGGCAAUUAAUAUCGCAACUUGUCAUUGAACUUGAUGUAUAUAUGCAAGGUUCGUUUGUAGCCGGUAUACUGCGUGUGCUUAAUCGGCUAAAUUAUUACUCCGCAAAUCAGAUUAAGGUGUGAAACUCAGGCGUAAAACUCCGACUACCUAUCAGUUACAUUUUAAGAUAUACAGAAACUCUUUAUAAACAAUCCCGCGUUGAAAAUAAUCACGGACCUCCAUUUUAUUAAACGCUUUCCAAAUUUUCCUGAGUGCACACGAAACAAUAGCUUAAAAUAGAAGUCAAGUUACUUGUUGUUGUCAUUGCCGGUCUCGAUUUUGUACCAUUGGCAUUGUUUGAAUUGUUUAAUGUGUCCACAAGCAAAUCAGUCGUGUUUUAAACAUGACUAAUAUAAUUGAAACUUGGUCAAUUUUAUGAUUGUUAUUUAUGCCAAGAAGACACGUAGACGUCGCUAUGGCCUUAUCCGAAGCGGUUACCUGAUCUUAAUAUUGUAUUUUUUGUGAUUUUUAACCCUCGGCUUUUUAACCCUCGACUUUUUACCCUCGAAUUUUAACCCUCGACUUUUUACCCUCGACUUUUUACCCUCGACUUUUUACCCUCGACUUUUAACCCUCACCCUCGACUUUGUACCCUCGCCCUCGACAUUUAACACUCGACCAAUAGAUAAACUCGUCGCGUAUUGUUCCAGGGGACAUUUCAAGCUCUAGAUUAACAAAACAAAGGUUUGAUGAGUAUUCCAACUAUGUUUUAACUUCAAUAGAAUACAUGCUAGUGUUGGGAAAGCAUUAAGAACAACUAACCAAGGUCACGUGACAGGGACGCCGGGACGAUAAAAAGGCAAGGGGGGCAAACGCACACCAAAGGGGCACCUCUGUAGACCCCGGUGAAGAUAUAAACCUACAAUUAUGUGUUGACUUGCCAAUGAAAGCAAACGCACUUAAUCAGGUCACAACAAAACAUGUGAUUUAUCAGGUAGUAUUUUAUAACUCAAAGGGCACUUCUGCCCCUUGCCCCUCCUAACAAAAGGCAAGAGGGGCAGCUGCCCCGCCUGCCCCCCCCCCCCAGUUCCGGUGUCCCUGCGCGUGACUACCAACUCUCGUGUCCUCUUACCCUCGUUUGGCUUUAGUGUAAGUAAGUUCAUCUCUACCUGAUUUGAAGGCUUAAGCCUGGUUCUAGCCUGCGUGCGCUGUCACUGUGCCCUUAGCUUCAAGUAAGGUUGAUUAGCACACCCCCUCUUACUGUUCUCGCUCCUGACACGCGGACAAAGCGAUCGUAAUUAAAUACGGCAUGAAAUGUGUAUCCCCACAGUGCUGGCAAGGCAGGGGGGAAACCGCCCCCGCAAAUGGAAAAGCCUUGAGCGGUUUGUGUGAUGUCGUGAUAGCUUCUUCCCUAUGUGGCUAAGCUCUAUAAUGUCUUUUAAAUUGGAGCCAAGAAAGUCUUGCUGUGAGAUUUGAGAUUGUUGGCCUACGUGGCAGGUGAUGAGAAAGCUUUGCCAACUGAAUUCCCAUCCCGCCCGGCCGCAACUGUUAAAUCACGUUAAUUCACUCGAGGCCAGACGAGUUUCGCCAUUUGUUCACACUGGCGUUCGUACGGUGGCUGUGUAGCCUCUGCCCUAAUCAAUUUCGUAGCUAGAGCCACAGAAGCCCUUGAAGGAAGGUUGUGCUCUAAUUCGUAUACGUCCUAAAGCCCUGUUUACACUAUCAAAGUUUCUGUGAUCACAGUAGGAAUUUUGCAUGGGUAAAUUCUAAGUUUUGAAGGGUUUGUAAGAAAUGUUUGAGGAAACCGACUCAGUAUUUAACACCAACUAAAUUCCCUCAAAUAUUUCUUACAAAUCCUUCAAAACUUAGAAUUUCCCCAUGCAAAAUUCCUACUGUGAUCACAGAAGCUUUGAUAAUGUAAACUCGGCUUAAUUUAAUGUUGACUUCUAGAACGGGUGUGUCAGGGGUAUGUCACGGGCCUAACUAAAAUGGGGCUUAAGAAAAGCUUAACUCGAUGUUAAAUCAACAAUUAGAAUUUACAAUUUCGACUAAACAUUGAGUGGUUAUACGGUGCAAGCAUUCAUAGAAUAAAUGUGAUGUUUAAUCAAAGUGUUUAAUUUAUUUUCAGUACAAACAGUUUCUUUUUUCAUCAAAUAUUUUACUUCGUGCCUCUGUUGAUUGACAGAUUGACAGUGUCAAUGAAGUAUUCUUUCAUUAUUGAAUCUUGAAAAGCAAUGAUGGAAUUCAAGUUAUUUUGCAAACUCCAUACCGGCUUAUAAUUUGAACAUAGCUGUCUCGCCCAACUCGAGCGUAGCUCAGUUUUAAGUAUAAAAAUACCCUUUGUUACUAAAUAUAUAAAAUAUUUUCGCAACAAAAAUUCCAUUCUAUAAUGGUGGUCUUAGUUACAAGCAUGGCACAAUGCAAGUUUAUGAUUGUUUAGGCUGGCCUGACAUUGUCGCAAUUAAAUCUAUAAUUAGAGACAAAGUGUUUCGUGUUUGCCAUCAUGAUUGUGAUCAGUCAUCAGGUGCUAAUGGCUACGAAAUAACCUGCUGUGAUCAUACCAUUAAAAACUCAGUUGGAGCCGGGACAUAUCUUACUGUGAAGGCUAAUACCACCUAGCUGGGAAUUCAGAUACCUGCUUGGUAUAUUUUCUCCAAUAUGAAGUCGAACGGUGUGUCCAAUAGCACUCAGUCGUUCGGUAUAAGUGAACGAUCUUCGGCAAUGCAGCUGAAACAGAAGCGUUACAUUGCUCUGUUUAUUGCAGGUAUUCUCCUGGCUAUUCUUAUUGGCUUCCUCUUGGGUUAUUUUAUACCAAAAUGUGACGAGGAUAAUCAGAACUGGAUGCCGCAAUCCAAUGCAAGCAAGAAUUAUGAGGCAGAUCUCUUGGCUGUCUUGGAUAGUAAAGCUAUCGAGAAUAUUUCAAGGUAUGGGUGGUUAUGCUUGUUUUAUAUUUAGACUGAUAGCUGCCCUGGCUUGGUUCUUUCGAGUACGGUUAUAAACAGGAAUCAGUUCGGAAUUUUUCAAUAAGAAUUCAUAUUUAAAUAUUUAUAUGGCGUGAUAUACUAGAGUCCUAAUUUGAUAUUUGUUUCACUGUAUUGUACGCGUUUUUUUUUUAAAGUAAUUUUUCAAAUAGCUAAGGCUUGGACAACAGGACAAAUAAUGUCCUAUAUUAAGUGCUGCCAGACAUGAAUUUGCUGUAUAGACUACAAACAUUAUAUCACCGUGAAAUCAUCAAAUUGAAUCAAUUUCCUGAGUCAUUAUAUCGCUACAAAGUACUUUGUAUAUAGCGAAAACGAUACUUGGAACAAAAUGUUUUCCAAAUCUAUCAACAUCAAAACAUGUAUUAAGUUUCUUAGUUGAUUUCGAUUUCAGCGACUAAACAGCAUAAGAAAGGAUUUGAGCGUUUAAUGUUGUGACUAUAUAAUUAUCUUAAACCCUCGCGUAGCAUGUCAUUUGAAGUCACAAACAUUGGUGAAAAUAUGUUGUAUUGAAAUUGUACUGUAAAUACUUCCGUUGCGCAGUGAAGCUGCAUGAAACUGCAAUAUUUGUUGUAGUAAUAAGUUUGCGUGAGAAAUAUCAUGAACGCAAAAUACUCUCCUCGCACGUCUGUGAAAUAUCUUUACUCAAUUGGAUUUGUCAGCUCGAGCUCAGAUCCACCUUAAUGACAUUUAAUAAAAUACACGUCAUAUAUCAUCAUCGACUGGAAUUGUUUGUUAACAUUCUCCAAAACCCAAAAUGGCUAAACGUAGCUUUAUUUAUUAAUGGCCGAUUUACAUUACGCAACUUUUACCUAUAACUGUCGCAUGCAACCUGCUUACAACUUGAGUUGUAUCAUGUAAAUCAAGCACACAACUCACCUAUGUUGUCGUUGUUGAGUUGUAUGCUCGAUUUACACAGUACAACUCAAGUUGUAAGCAGCUUGCAAUGCGACAGCUUUAGUCAAAUGUUGCGUAAUGUAAAUCGUCCUUUAACAUGCAGGGGAUGUUAAAUCCCUCUGUCUCAUUUGUUCUUUUAAUCAUCUGACAACAACAAGAUCACGUAAAGCUGGCUGGAGAGCAAUCUCAAGCGGCGAUCUUAUUUCGAAGAUGCGAGCUCUUACUGAGCUUCAGUAAACAUCAGAAUGCCGCUACUCUUUAUCUUCGUAUUAAACAGUAAUGAAGAUAUUUAGUGAGUCUGGGCCCUCACUGGGCCUCACUCAACAUGGAAUGCCUAUUCCCUUAUUUUCUAAUCAAACUAAAACACAUUCAUGCAGGUAUCUCAUACAAGGCGAGUUUUGCUAGCAGACUGUGUGACUUUCAUUCCUCAUGCAGUACGCAUGACUCAGUUUGCAUGCGAGAAGUAUGUUCUAUUUUACUCAAACAUUGCAGAUUAGCCCCCGGCACGCCAGGGUUUUUUACAUUUUUUUAAAUUUACUUAAUAUAAGAUGAAGCUAGAAUCAGGAGUCUAUAUAGAACGCUUUUAAGGGCUUUUAGAUUUCGACCCCUAUAGUUCACGUGUUUAGUGUUUAGACAGUUCCCUCGAACAUUUCUUACAAAUCUUAGAAUUUUAUACCCAUGCAAAAUUCCUACUGUGAUCACAGAAACUUUAAUAAACCAGGCUAUAAGGUUUCCUUGCGUGUAAAAGUACUGGAACGUUGAUUUCAAUCAACUGAUAGAAUUGCAUCAGAUGUUUAGUAUAAAUGGCCUUGGCCUUUUAUUCUAAUUAAUCAUUUUCAUGUAAUUCCGAUCCAAUUAGAAACUUCUUCAGUGGACCUCACGUUACGAUCCUCGUGUAAAAGUACUGGAACGUGGAUUUCAAUCAACUGAUAGAAUUGCAUCAGAUGUUUAGUAUAAAUGGCCUUGGCCUUUUAUUCUAAUUAAUCGUUUUCAUGUAAUUCCGAUCCAAUUAGAAACUUCUUCAGUGGACCGCACGUUACGAUCUGGAAUGAGCGAGAUAAUUUAGCAUCUGCAUGCGUUGAACGUAUCGCGUGAAGUUUUAUAAAACCCUGACGUUUCGGGAGAAUUGUUCCUGGGAUUAAUUAGUUGCGCCAUUACAUGUUUUGUUACCUUGAGGCCGGAGGAUGCCUUCAAAAUAUCGCUUCGAGAAACUAAUAUUUACAAAUUGUAGCUGUUAGCCUAUUAGACUCGUAAGAUAUAGUUUCACUCCAUAUAUCAGCAACUACAUUGAUUUUACACUAGUGUUGAUAAGUAUGACAGCAUGCGAUGAUCAGUUCUUGUCACCUGCACACGACAAACUAUCAACAUUUUAAUUCUUCAAUUAUAUGCAUGUCCUAUUUUUAAAUACUGGGUACUUUUUGAAACCCCAACUGGGGUUUUUACGAAGUCAUUGCACUUUUUAAGGAUUUCGUAAUAAAUGUUGGUCUUUGCAAACUAACGUCAUGGAAAUGGAACGGCUAUAAAAUUGCACUCGAUUUUCGACAGGAUAGAUAUAGACGUAACACGCGCUCAAAACUAAUGCGUAUAAUAUAUCACUUGAGGUUAUGACUAAAUUCAAAAUUUUUAUUUUUCGAUACGUUUCUCAAUCGGCAAACAAACUUAAAAAGUAUGUUUAGUGCUUUAUCUGUAAAAUAAUGCUAAAAUGAAGAGAUUUUAGAUGAUACGCCAAAGAGAAAAUGAUGUCUGAAGUUCAGUAAGUUUUGCUUAUAUGGCUGUAAAUAUGGCGUCAAUUUUAAAGCAUCACUGACAAUUGUAUUUUAAUUGACAAUUUUUAACUAUUAUUUUAUGUUUCUCAACCGGCAGAUGCAUUUAAAAAGGUAGCUAACUCUAUAAACUAGAGAAUAAAGCUAAAACGAAGUAAUUUUGAGAGGAACGCCAAAAAGAUUUUAGGUUUUGAACACUUUUCAUUGCAAAUACGUGACAUCGAAAAAAAUUGCCUCUUAACACGAAAGAUUCAGAUUGACAGGGAUACAACUACCUGAAAAAUACAAGGAGAACUUCAAGGCCUUUCGCUCGAAACAUUGAAAUUCUCCUUGUAUUUUUACGGUGUAGUUGUAUCCCUAUCAAUCCGAUUCUUAUUUAUUAAUAUUGCCACUCCUUACAUACACACCGUUCAACAUUCUAAUCUUUAACAGCCUGAAGACCAUGAGAAAGUGCCUCAAAAGUAGUGUUAGAUGGUAUUAUGAUAAAGGUUUAAGAGAUAAAAGUUGGCAGUACAAGGAUUUCAAACGAGUUUAAACUGGUAUUCACACUGAGGUGUUACAUAAGAAGGUUAUGCAUUGUUUGACUUAUUUAAUCUGGCGUCCUCAGGCUUUGAGACGCCAUGCCAAUAACAGAUUCAUAGUAUAAAUAUUUACGUUUUAAUAUCUUUUAAUCCUCCGUAAUCCUGUAUUUGGUUAUUAAAUCUAAUUUAACUGAGUUGGCUCACUGAGGUUCCAUUCUUUCAAGAUGCAGUUGUCUGAUAAUAAUUUCACUUCAGUCUCGUGUGAGAAGAGUGUUUCCACUCUCUACCAAACACCACAUGUUUUCUUCACGUACUCUGGUUUCCUGGAUUUGUAGUACUGGAUCAAUAAGAGAUGAUCCUUACUGAAUCCCUGGGAAGAACAGUUCAGAACUGAUAGAGCUAUCCAGUGUAAAUAAAGUUAGUUUAGUUUAGGUUUCCUCCUGUAGUAACACUGGAUCAACAAGAGAUGAUCCUUACUGAAUCCCUGGGAAGAACAGUUUAGAACUGAUGGAGCUAUCCAGUGUAAAUAAAGUUAGUUUAGUUUAGGUUUCCUCCUGUAGUAACACUGGAUCAAUAAGAGAUGAUCCUUACUGGACCUCUAGGGAGAACUGUUUAGAACUGAUAGAGCUAUCCAGUACAAAUAAAGUUAGUUUAGUUUAGGUUUCCUCCUGUAGAAACACUGGAUCAAUAAGAGAUGAUCUUUACUGGACCUCUAGGGAGAACAGUUUAGAACUGAUAGAGCUAUCCAGUAUAAAUAAAGUUAGUUUAGUUUAGGUUUCUUCUUGUAGUAACACUGGAUCAAUAAGAGAUAUCCUUACUGGACCUCUAAGAAGAACAAUUUAGAACUGAUAGAGUUAUCCAGUGUAAAUAAAGUUAGUUUAUCUUUCUUCUCCUUUUUCAUUCCAGGACAUUUUCGAGUGUUCCACAUCUCGCAGCCUCUCCAAGAGACGUAGAAAUGGCAGGGAUAAUUGAACGUCUGUGGAAACAAUAUGGUUUUGAAGUUGAACUACCAACAUACGAAGUGUUGUUGUCCUACCCUAAGAAAAAUACCAGCAAUAAAGUUCAGAUUAUCAAUCAAACUGGACACACGACCUUUGAGGUGAGUUAGGAAUUAAUCCCCGGUGAAACGAGAGUUGAUGAGUGUUAACAUGCAGUCAAGCAUUCUUACAGGGGGCAUUUCAAGUUUCCAAUUACGUUUUAAUAAAAUUAUUGCAAGCAUUCGAGUGGCCAACUCUUACGCACUCUCACCUUGUUUGACCAUCUUGAUCAUCCUUUAGACAUCUUUUGUGCAAGACUUAUAAUAUUCAGAAUUCCUGUUAUUAUGCACCGUCACGUGUGGCAAUGCACUUAAAACUCUUAAUCCCUUUGUGCUAAUCUUGUCAUAGCGACAGAAUGAAGCUCUGAAUGGAAUGUUUAAAAGACAUAUUACACGUGCACUUGUGUGUUAUGAAUGAAAACUUUCUUUAAUCUUCUUUGAGUCAGAAGCUUGAACGUGUAGUAACAGAUUUCCAAUGUUUCUAAAGUAUUUUGCGCCAAAGACAUUAAGAUCCUUCCCCCUUGAUGUGAACGACAAUAGAAUGAUAAAAUAGAGGUCCUCCCAUUGGCUCCUCCUCGGAGGUCCUGAAAUUUGAAAGGCCUGUUGGUUCAACAAUAUGCAACAGUGUUGAAUGCAACAUAUGCGUGGCCUCGUUUCAAAACUUUGUUGGCUGACGUUUCAGGUUUGACUCCACAGAAUAGAGACAAACAGAAGUUUGACUCAGAAUUUACCCCCCCGAGACGUCCCCCAUUUCGAAUAUUCCAGGGGGUGAAUGUCUCUCAUAAGCACACUGGCUGGGACCAUGGUGUCAACAUUGCAACGGUUACGCCAAAAUCACAGCCGUAAUCCGUGUGUGUCUAACUCUAUUCUGUGACGUCUCGAGGUUGGACUCAUUUGAACGCGGCUUAAGUUUGAGUUUAUUCCAUUUCUCACUCGUCUGUGAGCGCAUUUCCCAACAAGCUACAGCACAAUUGAUAGGGAGUCCAAGGUAUCUGCGAUUUUAACGAUUUACUGAUAUCAAUAUAAAGGUAGCUCUCUUUCUCCUAAAUUAUUUUUACUGCUAUGAAUGUAAAGGUAGCUGUCUUUCUCCUCAAUUAUGUUUACUGAUAUCAAUGUAAAAGUGGCUCUCUUUCUUUUAAAUUAUUUUUACUGAUUUCAAUGUAAAGGUAGCUCUCUUUCUCCUAAAUUAUUUUUACUGCUAUGAAUGUAAAGGUAGCUGUCUUUCUCCUCAAUUAUGUUUACUGAUAUCAAUGUAAAAGUGGCUCUCUUUCUUUUAAAUUAUUUUUACUGAUUUCAAUGUAAAGGUAGCUCUCUUUCUCCUAAAUUAUUUUUACUGCUAUGAAUGUAAAGGUAGCUGUCUUUCUCCUCGAUUAUGUUUACUGAUAUCAAUGUAAAAGUGGCUCUCUUUCUUUUAAAUUAUUUUUACUGAUUUCAAUGUAAAGGUAGCUCUCUUUCUCCUAAAUUAUUUUUACUGCUAUGAAUGUAAAGGUAGCUGUCUUUCUCCUCAAUUAUUUUAAGACGUUGAGUAGAGGUUGUUCCAAGGAUUAAACCCGGCUCUCCAAGUUUGAAAGUGGUGACCACGUGACCACGACAACCACAAGUGCUGGUAAAGAAUUUGGGCUUAACAAUGACAUGUGAAUCUGAAAAAAAUGCUUGUGGCAUUUUGAAAAGAUCGUAUUGGCUCAAUUUGGCAUCUUGAAAAGAUCGUAUUGCUCAAUUUUCACAAUAUUUUCCCUGGAGUGAGCUACAAUGGAGUGAUACAAUGCUCAUAUCCGUCCAGGGGUGAACCUCCUGUCAUGUUCAUUCUCUUUCCUACAAGACCUUGGGUGAUCUUUCAAAUGAUCUAUGUUAUCAAUGCUUUAAUUAAAAUAAUCCUUUGAGAUACUUGUGUAUUGUUGAAGUAUAUUUAUACACUAGCAACCGUUGCCACAUGCAAACUUUUCGUCUUUAACAAAACUUGGUUGAUAUGGAUGUACUUGCUUGAAACAUACAAAGAAAAAUUCGACGCUUCGAGACAAGGCCUUUCGUGGGGAAGUUAUUAAGCGCAUGGCAAGAGACUAAUGAUAAGUGAUUAACGUCAUCUUCAAUUAUGUUUAUUUGACCUCAUUAACAUUGAGCAAAAUCCGAAAUUCAGCCAUGCCAUAAAUAGUAACUGUUCUCCCCAGAGGUCCAGUAAGGCCAUGUCUUCUUGAUCCAGUGUUACUACAGGAGGAAACCUAAACUAAACUAACUUUAUUUAUAUCUCUUAUUCAUCCAGUGUUACUACAGGAGGAAACCUAAACUAACUAUUGAUACUGGAUAGCUCUAUCAGUUCUAAACUGUUCUUCCUAGAGGUCCAGUAAGGAUCAUCUCUUAUUGAUCUAGUGUUACUAUAGGAGGAAACCUAAACUAAACUAACUUUAUUGAUAGUGGAUAGCUCUAUCAGUUCUAAACUGUUCUUCCUAGAGGUCCAGUAAGGAUCAUCUCUUAUUGAUCCAGUGUUACUAUAGGAGGAAACCUAAACUAAACUAACUUUAUUGAUACUGGAUAGCUCUAUCAGUUCUAAACUGUUCUACAGGAGGAAACCUAAAUACCUGAAGAUAAAAUACCUUGAUAAAGUGAGAUUGGAAGCAAUCUUCUCACAUGCGUUGAAGUGAAAUUAUAACCAGACAACUGUGUAUUACAGGAAUCAAUCGUUUGGUCGCAGGAAUGAAAGUUGCAUGCCCAAGCAGUGUAGCAUCAACAACCCCCCAAAAAUCUCAUCACACUUUACCUUAUUUUAUGUAGACCACUGAUCUCCUUGAUGGAGAUGGAGUGCCAUCAUUUCUGGGUUAUUCUGGCUCAGGUACUGUCUGGGGAGACUUGGUGUAUGUGAACUAUGGAAUACAGGACGAUUUUAAAGUUCUGAGAAAUUAUAGCAUAUCAUUGAAUAAUUCCAUUGCAAUAAUCAGAUAUGGAAGAAUAUUUAGAGGCAGUAAGGU